AUGUGGAAAAGAUUUUCAGACAAAAUCCAUAGGACUUUCUUCGAUUACGGAAAGUAGGUUCGGAGAGCAUGGCUAACAUCUUCCAGACUCUGUUCAGCUCAUCCCAUAGCAUGUAUCUCUUUGUCCUUGCUGUCAGUGGUGUUUCUGUCAUAUCCGGCAAUGCUAAAGAUGGAAUUGCCAGUUUCAAGUCCAUUUGAUGUAUUUUGGCACCAGAAAAAGGAUUUUAUUCAAGGUGAUUACAAUAUGAAGUGAUUUAAUCAAACAUUUAGACCCGCCUGCAUGGCUGAAUGGAAGACCCGGUCUGUAUAUUCAACAAAUCGUGCUUACUGCGAACGUUGAUCCUUGGAAUUCCACAGAAUGCACUCCAGAUAUAGUAAGAGCGUUCAAUAUAAUAUAUAUUAUAUAUUACUUUAGGUUAUAAGGGCAGCGAUCCUUCAAACAUUUAGAAUAAGAGAAAUUGCAAUUGAUGUAAAAACCGACAGUUCCCUAUUUAAGAAUCUGUGUCUGCAAGUUAAUACAGACGGCCGAUCUGAAUGUUUAUUAUUGUCGCCAGCAUUGAUAUGGAACGAUGACAUAAAUAAGGUCAAAAAAGAUGCCGAUAUAAGAAGAACAAUAUAUAAACAUCAGUGUCACGGUGCAUUGUGUAAAAGGGACUUGUUGUUGGGGACACCCAUAUGGAAUACUGGGAUUAAAAAGAAUUACCAAACUAAUCGGCAGAGAAGUAGGUAAAUUUUGAUAUUAAGAAUGUUGUGAUUCAGCUAUCCAUUUGGGCGUUACUUUGCUAUUCACUUCGAUUGAUGACGAAUGGAGAAAUCUUUUAAUUAAAACACUGUCUGAGAGGUUUACAAUAAUCAGAUCCCAUGCCUUCGACGAAGAUACCCUGAUCCACGUUUAUUACAGGCCUGGCCAUUACUUUUCCGAUUACUUUCCUAUCUUGGCUUCUUACUUUGUUUGUGCUGUAAGUUCGUGAACAUGCCGGCCAUUUGUUGCAGAUAUAUUUUUAUUACACUGUAAAAAAGUUCGAGAUGGUUAAGAGUAAAGUGGGCCUUGCUGUGGCGUCCUUCUUUACUGUAGUUUUUACUCUGACAACAACAUUGGGGAUAUGCCAUCAUUUGGAUAUGAGUGCAUCUGUAGGGAGAUCCCGUUUGUUCCCUUAUUUGGCUAUGAUUGUUGGACUCGAGAAUAUUCUUUGCAUUACUCGGUAAGGGUGUAUUGUAUGUUGAUGUUAUUUGAUAUCUUUAGUUCUGUUGUUUAUAUCCCCCCAUCUUUUGAUAUCUCCUUCCGUGUAGCCCACGGACUUUCGGAAGAAGGGCAGAAGAUUACUAAAUAUUUUUUACUGGAGCUUCAUUUCUUAUUAUUUGGGUAUCUAACACAGGUUCCGGAGAUCCAGGAGUUUUGUCUGUUUGCUUUUAUCGGAAUUGUUGUUGAUCUAUACAUGCAAGUAAGUAUUAGUUCGAGAAAAUUAGUAUUCAAGUUAUUUUUCUAUACACCAUGCCUCAUCUUCGAUCUCAGUCGUAUGGAUUCAGACGACAGAAAAAGAUUUUCGUUAAUGCUUCUCAGUUCGAAUAUAAGAAAAUUUAAAAAAUACCAAAGCCCGAAGUAAGUCAAGGUUACAUAUUAUAUAAUAAUUCGCGCUUUUUAGAUGCCCUGCAGAGUAUAUUUUCCCAUCAUUAUUUAAAAGAAAGAAUAAAUUAACUAGAACUUUAUCCGAGGAUAACCUGAAGGACAACAACUUCAAGAAGAGUAAGAACAAUAAAGCAUAGAUUAAUUUAAUAGGUCACAAAAGAUCAUCCUCCUCUUCUGUCCACAAGAAGAAUCCUUCCGACUCGACGACCCUGGAGGCGUUUUCGAAUCGGCUGAGGGUUCUUCAUUAUUGGACUCGGACUAGGAUCGCCCAGAGAAUUAUCAUGAUUUCCUUUAUUCUCUGGGUGGUUUGGUUGGCGUUUUUAGUUCAGAAAUGGAGGGUUUUUGAAGGUUUGUUUGGAGAACCCUCAAACCUGACAUCUCAAGGAGAUCUGCGAUGGAUUAGUCAUCAUAUUUUGGAUACUGCUCCCUUGGAGUGGAGUGUUUGGCAGACCAGUACCUUCAAAUGGUGGCCAUUAUUAUUGGAACAGUACAAUCUUUCAUUAUCUGGAUUUUAUGUCACCUUUUUACCAAUUAUUUCAUUACGCAAAAGUAUUCCUUAUAACGACCCUGAACUGCAAAUAAUUGCCGGAAAUAUUCAAAACAAAGUAAACUUGGAGUUACAGUAAGAAUUUUAAAAAAAAGAUUUAUUUCUAGAGAUCGAAUUGAUUGGUUGGAAAGGGAAAUGUCACGAUGGCUAAUAAUCUCAGCCAUCCUCCCUUUCCUCAUCGUCAUUCUUUUCAUAUUAUACAUGUGUUUCUGGGAGAAAUGGUUGCAAUGGAGAAACGAAUUAAAAUCUGCGUUCGCUCUGAAGCGAUCUACCUUCAGAACUCGCUUAAGUUCCGUGGAAUUGACCCCGUUGGCUUUCUCGAGACAUGAAUUGCCCGUAGAAUGUGCUUCAGUUCAUGAGGAUACAAUAGUUUCAGCUUCAGUUAAUGGGCAAGUCUUUAUCUGGGAUGCCAAAUCUGGGGAAUUGAGGAAUUCGUUAUUACGAUACAAACAAAAUCAAGUCGGCAAGCUUCGAUCCAACUCUAUGUUUCUCCCGAAUGAGCCUGUAAACCAAGGGGACACCAAAAAAAGAUCAUCGGUGUGGUGUCUGGAUGUUAAGUAGGACAAGAUUACACCGAAAUAUAUCCUUGCAGUGAUAUUUACAUUGUCAUUGGGUGCUCUGAUGGAGAGAUUCAAUUAGGACGGACUAAAGAUGGCGAAAUUGUGCAAUCAAAAGCUGGAGAAAAAGCAGGAGUCACCCAUAUAAAUGUAAUUACAAUUGAAUAGCUAUGGCAGUAUGAUUUUAGAUAUUGGGAAAUCGAGUGGUGGCCGGCCGUCUCACUGCGAUCGUUGAAGUCAUGGAGAUUAGCACUUUUAUAGAUAAUUAUGUAAUUAUUUCGUAAUUUUCUAUGAUUAGAAUAUUUAGGGUGAGGAAGCUGUUGUCUUAGACCUUUUGACUAAAAAUUACGCGCAUCAGAAGCCGAUUACUAAUUUAAUAUGCACUUCGAAACAUAUAAUAACAUCCAGUUAUGACAACUCUCUUCGGGUGAUUGACCAGAAUUCGCUUCAGCUGAGUCAUUCACUUUACGGACACAAUAACUCUGUUAUUUCCAUUUGUAUCGAUGAAGAGCAAGAUGUAAGAUUACGUAAUAAUCAUGACACGGUGUCUUUUAGUUGUUAUUCAGUAGUUGUGAUUCUGGUCGUAUUUGUUGUUGGAGUAUCGAAACCGGACGAUUACUGCGGAGUCUGGAGAAAGAAGACAGUCUCCCCGUGGAGAUUAUUUGUACGACCAAGUACUUAAUCGGUUUCAGUAUUGAUGCUGGAUUAUGGGUAUGGGAUAAACAAGAUGGGGAUCUCAUAUUCAACCUUUCCUUGCAUGAACAAACAGAUCCAUUGACCUUAUUAUUAGAUAUCGAUGAGAAUAUCGAGCCAGUUCUAAGAGAAGGGAGAUUCUUGGCCAGAAUAAAUGAUAGUUACGUUUGCACAAGCGAUGUCGAUUCCGUACAAAUAUGGGACAUUGAAGCGAGAUCUGUGGUCAAACAGGUAACCUCUUAUGUUUCUAAUAACUACUUGAAUCAGAUUCGCCUCCCAGCUCCUAUCGAUUCUAUUCAGAAUCUAGACCAGAAAAGUGUUUUAUGUUGCGCUGGGACUGAACUCUACAGAAUCAGCGCUCCUAUCAAAUGA